AUGGCAGCAUCGCCAGCGCGGCGAACGGCCAAAUUACAAAUCAGUGCAGCAUCAGCCUUUUCAAAGUCACCCAGCCCAAGCCCAUCAUUCAAUCUGGAGGUAGAGGACGGAGGCGAGGCGUCGUCACGAUCUCCUUCGAAGCAGUCCCCGACUCCAUCGCCGUCCCCCUCAUCGUCUCCCCGAAACUUGAAAAGUGUGGCGGCUUCGUUGCGGGUGCCAGUCGACAACGGUGACACCGAUGACUCAGCAGACGAUGCAUCACGCAAGCGAAAGGCUGGGCGACUCAAAACCAGUGCUGUGGCCGCCCUCCAAAAGCCACGUGCAGCAGCGGAACAGGACAGUCGCCAAAGCUUGUUGACACCGUUAAGGUCGUCCUCCAUGCAUCCAGACAGUGCCACGGAGGAUCCGGAAGCGGAGGACAAGUCGGCGCCACCGUCGCCGUCAGCAUCUUUGUCUCCAACGGCACAAAAUUUGAAGAGUGUCGUAGCAGCGUUGCGAGUGCCUUCCGACAACGACGACUCACCAGACGAUGCCUCGCGAAAGCGGAGGGCUGCCGCGAGGCUCAAGACCAGCGCGGGUGUCGUUUCCGCCCUCCAGCCGCCAAGCGCGGCAUCGGAGCAAGACCGUCGUCCCCAGUCAUUCAGGAAGACCGUCAGGCGCAGAUCGUCCUCUUUCAUCAAGCACGGCACACUCGAGGAACCCGAUGUUGAGGAGGUGCCGGAGAGGUCCCCAAGCGGCAAAGGGGCAGUGUCCAAGCUUAGGGGUUUGAUCAUCAGGAAACAAGGUUCUAGUGAAGGAGACGAUCUGGAAGACAGUGGCGAUGGCAAAUCACCGGCAGGACAGCGUGGCUUGCGGCGCCGGAGCAGUGGCAAGUUGAAGAGGGGUGUGGCAGCGCUGACUGCCAUGACAGCACUAAGGUCAGAGCUGGAGAUGAGGGAAGAGGAGGAAGAUCCGCAGACCCGUGUGCAGAACCCGGACGAGGUCAUUUUGCCACCGGAGGGUGACGAAAGCGACGAAGAUGACGAGGAAGAGGAGGAGGCAGAGCGUGAUUUCCUUUCUGCUCUACAGCGGGUGCAGAGUAGUGGCAAGCUCUCCAUGAAGGAGCUGCGGCUGCUUGAGGGGGGAGUCGGCUCUAGCCUGUGA